AUGAUCCAGAAGCUGUGGGCGGCGCGGGAUAGGAUAGAAAAGGAGGAGAAGAAAAUCUCUUGGGAUACGAAAAAGUCGAGGGUUAAUAAAGAGGUUUUUGGAGUUGGCCGGGGUGAGGCUGAGGUCACGUUAUUUCUCCGCAGCCGGCGCUACAAAACCGUCCAUGGUCGUCGUAUUAGUAUCAACAAAUACAUUUGCUCGUUCGAUGACGAUCCGUGGAGGAGAUAUGGAUAG